AUGACGCCAUGUGCUUUUUGUCCAACCAACAAAGAUCUGGAGGAGUGGCUCGCCAAGGUGGACAAACAGGACCAAAUAGAAGCCCGUCUCUUCAUCAUUGCACCGAAGAGUCUGGAAGCAGUGACUGGAUCCUGUUUGAUGAUCCCGUGUCGCUUUAGACCUGCUUCAGAGGAAGAGUUUGACAACACAAGAAUAAUUGCUGUGUGGAUUAAAGAUGAAUCAAAUUUUAAAGAUCAUCCAGAAACAGUUUUUAACAGCAGUGUUGCAGUUAACUACCCUUUUAUCAGCAUCAUUGGAGACCUGAAAGAAAGAAACUGCACCACCAAGUUUAACAGAUUCAAACUUUUGAAUACCACAAAGUUCUUCUUUAGAAUUGAGAAUGAAUCAUUCAAGGCAACAGCGAUUUCAGAUCCUGUUCUAAUAAAACUGAAAGAUUCUCCUCCGAGGCCCAGAUUAGAAGUCUCAGGUGAUCUGAAGGACCUGAAGGAGAAGGAGUCUGUCACGAUAACCUGCUCAGCUCUCACUCCCUGUCCACACUCCCCUCCUCAACUCACCUGGAGCCUCCAACAAGACGCUCACAGCCAAACUGGAAACACAGAUGGAACCUUCAGCACUCAGAUCCAGAAGAACCUCACUCUGUCAGACACACAUGAUGGAUUGAAGAUCAGCUGCUCUGCUGUGUAUCCUGUUGAUGGAGGAGAAGCUGUGAAAACACCUGAGACAGAGUUAACUCUCAGUGUUUCAUAUGCUCCUAAAGACACGACAGCCUCCAUCAGUCCAUCAGGGAGCUGGGUGAACCUGACCUGCUCCAGCAGAGCCAAACCUGCCGUCAGCAGCUUCACCUGGUUCAAGAACAGCGACCAUGGAGCCAUCAGAGUGUCUGAAGGAGACUUUUACAGCUUCAAUGUGGCCGACAUAACAGAUCCAGCAAGUUUUUACUGUGUGGCUGAAAAUGCUCUGGGCAAUCAGACGUCAUCGUGGAUUCAUGUGAACAAAACAGGUAAAAGGGACGACACCAAUGUGACUCAAACAGCAGAGGAGUUUUCCAGCCACUUGGCGGCAGAUGAAGCAGAGAAGGACGUCAGCGGCGACGAAGGCCUUCAAUACGAACACAUCAGCUUCUCAAAGCGGAGAGAUGAAGCUUGGACCGUGUCCGCUCAGAACACUAGACAGCAGGAGGAGACCGUGUACACACAGGUCAAAGUUCAUGAGCCAGAAAGCCACUCAAGUCAGGUCGCUGACGUGCCCGAGGAUCUCUACGCUAAAGUCAAGAGAAAAUGA